AUGCCAACAUUCCAACACAUUUUCUAUGUUAUUAUUGUUCUUCUUCUCUUCAAUUCAACCCAAACACAAUGCCACAGCAAGGGACUUCGACCUGGGAAUUCAGCUGGGAAAGUACAUUUGACCAAGAACAUGACACAAGCCCAAUUCUCAGAACAGCAAUUCAUGAAGUGGGUGAGGUUUGUUGGAAGGCUGAAGCACUCUGUGUUCAAGACAGCCAAAAAUAAGCUCUUCCCUUCUUACACUCUGCAUGUGGCUAAGAACCGUGCUGCUGGAGACUUCACAACCAUUCAGGACGCCAUUGACUCUCUCCCCUUCAUCAAUCUCUUGAGAGUGGUCAUCAAGGUCCAUGCAGGGGUCUACACGGAGAAGGUUAAUAUACCUCCAUUGAAAUCAUAUAUAACCAUAGAAGGAGCAGGGGCGGACAAAACAAUUGUCCAAUGGGGAGACACUGCUCAAACACCAUCUGGUCCAAAGAAACAACCUAUGGGGACUUACAAUUCUGCAACUUUUGCUGUGAAUUCCCCUUAUUUCAUUGCCAAGAACAUCACAUUCAAGAACACUACACCAGUCCCAGCACCAGGAGCAAUUGGUAAGCAGGCAGUGGCAUUUAGAAUAUCAGCAGAUACAGCAGCCUUCUUGGGGUGCAAAUUCUUGGGGGCACAAGAUACACUCUAUGAUCAUUUGGGAAGGCAUUAUUACAAGGAUUGCUACAUUGAAGGUUCAGUGGACUUCAUCUUUGGAAAUGGACUCUCCCUAUUUGAGGGAUGUCACGUGCACGCAAUAGCACAGAACAUAGGAGCGCUCACAGCACAAGGCAGGAGCAGCCUGUUGGAGGAAACGGGCUUCUCAUUUGUAAACUGUAAGGUCACGGGCUCAGGAGCACUCUAUCUUGGUAGGGCAUGGGGUCCUUUCUCCAGGGUGGUCUUUGCAUACACAUAUAUGGACAACAUUAUCAUGCCUAAAGGCUGGUAUAACUGGGGCGACCCUAACCGUGAAAUGACUGUGUUUUAUGGGCAAUACAAGUGCACUGGACCAGGAGCUCGCUUUGCAGGGAGGGUUUCAUGGUCUAGAGAGCUCACUGAUGAGGAAGCCAAGCCUUUUAUUUCCCUUACCUUCAUAGAUGGCUCUGAGUGGAUCAAAUUGUGCAUAUAUGGGUUAGGGCAGUUGAGAAAGACAAUGCAUCCACCCUUUGCACUCGAGUUCAAUUUCCUUCUUGUUGGGUUGGCUUCCACUGGGCUAUAA